GUUUCGCGGUGCCCCCCACAUUACUUCAGUUUACGGAAUCCAAAUCGUCGCAGGGCGGCAGUCCAGAGGAGACCAGCUCAGUGGCCGUGUCUGCCCACCCCUGCAGGCGAUGCUGCCGCUGUGGGUGUGUGUGGUCGCGGCGUCUGCGCUCGCGGCGCCCGCCCCCGGAACCCAAGAGCAGAAGCUGCAAGUGGCCCAGAGGCCCAAUGUGGUGCUCGUUGCCAGUGACUCCUUCGAUGGAAGACUAACAUUUCAACCCAGAAGUCGGGUAGUAAAACUUCCCUCUAUCGACUUGAUGAAAGCUCAUGGCACCACCUUCCUGAAUGCCUACACUAAUUCUCCCAUCUGCUGUCCAUCUCGUGCAGCGAUGUGGAGUGGCCUCUUCACUCACUUAACAGAAUCUUGGAAUAAUUUUAAGGGUCUUGAUCCAAAUUAUACAACGUGGAUGGAUGUCAUGGAGAAGCAUGGCUAUCAGACUCAGAAGUUUGGAAAACUAGACUAUACUUCGGGACAUCAUUCCGUUAGUAACCGUGUGGAAGCGUGGACAAGGGACGUUGCAUUCUUGCUCAGACAAGAAGGCAGGCCUGUGGUUAAUCUUAUCCCAGACAAGAACAGAAGGAGAGUGAAGGCAGGGGACUGGCAGAAUACAGACAGAGCCGUCGACUGGCUGAGGCAGGAAGCCAUUAACUCCACCAAGCCAUUUGUGCUUUACCUGGGACUGAAUCUGCCCCACCCUUACCCUUCACCUUCUUCAGGGGAAAACUUCGGCUCUUCUACUUUUCAAACGUCUCUGUAUUGGCUUGAAAAGGUAGCUUAUGAUGCCAUCAAAAUCCCAAAGUGGUCAGCUUUGUCGGAAAUGCACCCUGUGGACUAUUACUCUUCCUAUACCAAAAACUGCACGGGGAAGUUUACCAGGAAGGAAAUUAAGAACAUUAGAGCGUUUUAUUACGCUAUGUGUGCGGAGACAGACGCCAUGCUAGGUGAAAUUAUUUUGGCUCUCCGCAAGUUAGAUCUUCUUCAGAAUACCAUUGUUAUAUACACUUCAGACCAUGGCGAGAUGGCCAUGGAACACCGCCAGUUCUAUAAAAUGAGUAUGUAUGAAGCGAGCACCCAUGUUCCUCUUCUGAUCAUGGGACCAGGAAUUACGACCAACCUACAAGUACCAAAUGUGGUUUCUCUUGUGGAUAUUUACCCUACCAUGCUUGAUAUUGCUGGGAUUGCUGUGCCGGAGACCCUCAGUGGGUACUCUUUGUUGACACUGUCAUCAGAGGCAUCUGCAAAUGAGCAGACAUUCAAAAUGCACCGUCCGCCCUGGAUCCUAAGUGAAUUCCAUGGAUGCAAUGCAAAUGCCUCCACCUACAUGCUGCGAACCGGCCAGUGGAAGUAUAUAGCCUACUCUGACGGUGCCUCCGUGCAGCCGCAGCUCUUCGAUCUUUCCUCAGACCCAGAUGAACUAACGAAUAUCGCUACAGAAUUUUCAGAAAUUACUUAUUCUUUGGACCAGAAGCUUCGUUCUAUUAUAAACUACCCUAAAGUGUCUGCUUCUGUCCAUCAGUACAAUAAGGAGCAGUUUCUCAUGUGGAAACAAAGCACAGGACAGAAUUACUCAGCUGUCAUAGCCCACCUUAGGUGGCAUCAGGAUUGGCAGAAAGAACCAGGGAAGUAUGAAGACGCAAUCAACCAGUGGCUCACAGCCCACUCCUCUCCAGGAACUGCAGGCUAUAAGAAAACUUUCCCAGGAUACAUAUGAACUGAAACAGACUAGUAAUUGCUAACUUUGCUUUCUGUUAAAAUGUGUACUAUAUCUUAAGUGCCAGUGGUUACAGAACUACGUAUUUUCAGAACUGCCUACUGCUAAGAACUCAUUGUUGCAGGCCUAUGAUGGUCCAACAGCAGAAGAAUUUAAAGGAGAGGAGCACGCAUUCUUGUGUGGAUAAUAUAGAAUAUGAAAUAUUAACAACUGUUGGUUAUUACUUAUGAAUCAUGAUGUUUCAUGACUUGCUUGUUUUUGAUGCAACUCUUUGAAUGUAUUUGAUGUGUUAGAACUAUUAAAUGGACUAGUCUCCUUUUGCCCCAGG